GGGAUACAUUGUAUCAGAGCUGUCGUCGCCCUGCAAUGCAGAGCUGUAUGUAUGAGGCUGGUACCGACCUCUAGCCAUGGCCAGAUUUGCAUUGACCAUCGUCAGGCAUGGGGAGACACGAUACAACAAAGAAAAAUUACUUCAAGGCCAAGGCAUAGAUGAGCCGCUUUCUGAAAUGGGGUUCAUGCAGGCGGAAGCUGCUGGCAGAUAUCUGAGCGAUGUGAGGUUCACACAUGUAUUCUCCAGUGACCUGAUUCGUGCAAAGCAGACUGCUUGUACCAUCAUGAAGAACAAUAAGCUGAGUGACGGGAUUAAAAUAAACUAUGAUGCCAGGCUGCGAGAGAGGAAGUAUGGCAUUGCAGAGGGGCAACCUCUCAGCGAGCUGAAGACCAUGGCAAAGAAAUCGGGAGAGCAGUGUCCUUCAUACACUCCCCCUGGAGGGGAAACCCUGGAGCAGGUUCGAGUUCGUGCUAAGGACUUUUUUGAGUUUCUCUGCUUGAUGGUAAUGGAUGAAACAAGUGCCAAGGACCAGACAGCUCUUGGCGCAGCAGGGCGUGAGCGUGUGACCGCCGUUGACCUCUCCCCAUUUAUAAAUCACAGCAGUGAAAUCCAAUCUGGUUGCCAAGACAACAGUAAUGUCACCUUGGAUGCCAGUAUUCUCCUGGUCAGCCACGGAGCUUACAUGAGAAACUGGAUCAAGUACUUUGUAGAAGAUCUUCACUUCAUGUUUCCACCCGAGUUGAAGAAGUCCCGAGAACUGUCCGUUAGCCCAAACACGGGCAUCAGCCAUUUUAUUAUCAGUCUUAAGCCGGGAGAAAUAAAGAAUCCCGGCAUUCGUUGCAUUUGCAUCAAUCGCCACGAUCACUUAGCAGACCUCACUGCGUGCACCAGCCAUUAUGUAGUAUGACGUUUGCCGACUUUUCCCAUUGUGCCUGACUGGUGAGAGCAGGCUAGGAGUGGUAGUCCUUCAUGGAAUGGAUAUCCUUAGUAUGCUUUUCCUUGCCGUAUAGUAUAAUUUAGCUUUUAAGGACAGCAAGUUAUUUCCAUUCUGAAUAUAAGUACCUUCAUCAGAUCUUUCAAAUGACCUUGACCAUAUUCUUCAAGUCUGUCUGAAGACAAGCUGUAUAUUUAAAAACUUACUUAAAGGGAUUGUCUGAUUUAGAAAAGCCCUUUUCAAAUAUUCUACUAAAGAAUUAAUAGUGGGAGCUCUUCUGUUCAGGAACCUCGUGCAUCAGCCAAAGCUGGGAGAAGCUACAAAAGAAUGUGUCUUGCUGCAGAGAACCCAGUGCCUACUCUAAAUGGACAGCCUAUUGAUUUUAUUGAUGGAUAGUGUGGGAGAGAUCAAGACUGGUGUAAAGUAGAACUGGCUUAGUUGCCCAUAGCAACCAAUGAGAUUACACCUUUCAUUUUCAGAACCUCAUUGGAAAAUGAAAGAUGGAAUCUGGUUACUAUGAGUAACAAAAUUAGUUUUCCUUCACACCAGUUUUCAUUAGAGAUGGCAUAGAUCUGUGCUAUCGUGUAUACCAAUUACUGGCAUAAAGGAUGUAACUCUGUCAGGCUGCGUGAGGCCUUUCCCCCUUCCCACACACACACUAAACCCUGUCUACUUUUCUCGCCAUUUCCUAAAAAGUUCAGAGAGAAGCAUUAAAGGGAAAAAAGUAACAUUUUGUUCUGGAAUAGCUAUUAAAAAAGCAUACAGCGCUCUUGAUUAGGGUGGAAUUAGAAAUUAUGUUGAAGGGUUUCUACCAUUAGAAUUACUGUUAUGUAGCUGACUGACAUUAGCGAUGUGCUAAUGUCAGCAGUACAUAACAGUGUGUUUUUUUUACUUUUCUCCCUGCAGCCGUUCUGAUAAAAUACAC